UAUAUCUGAAUAUCUGUGCUGUUAUUUUUGAUUAGGUAAUUUUUGUUUUGAUAUAUUAUGUACAGAGAAUUUAUAUAAAUUCAAAACUGUCUUACAUAAAAAUGUAAUUCUGUUCAACCAUAAAAAAAUGUUACCUUCUAUUCGUAUACCGAUAUGCAAUAGGCAUAAGUAUAUUAUUUCAUUAUUAAGCCAAUCACGUUCAGUAUCCGAUUCAAAAGUUGUACAGCCACCAAAUCCGACAAAUAUCUCCAAUGACAUGGUUGGACCGCCAGACCCUGUCUCGAAUUUACGGAGGAUUAUAUUUAAGCAACCUCAGAAUGAGAGCGCCUUAGAACAACGAUAUAGGCAAAUGAGGGCAGAAGUGCAAGAAUGGAAUCAAGACUUUUGGACUCGACACAAUACUAGGUUUUUUCAGGAAAGAGAAGAAUAUCUUAAGAGAAAUCUGCCCGAAGGCAAACAGAAUUUGUCAGCAGACGAAAUGAGUGUUUUCUACAAAGCAUUCCUGGACAAGAAUUGGCAAUCACAUAUUACAUACAAUAUAGAAUGGUAUAAAAAGAAUAUAAAGUUACUACAGCUAGCUAUUCAAGUUAAACUUAGAAGAGUGUUUAGAAUAAAAAAUAUUAAAUAAAUUGUUA